UUUAAUACUAUUUUGUUAAAUUUAAUAACGAUUUCAAAAGUAAAUAGAAAUAAUAAAAAGAAUCCUAAAUUGAAUAUAGUAAAAUCAAUCAAUUUAUUUAUCUAUCUAUCUAAAUAUUUAACAAAAAUGUUAAGACCCUCGCCUGUUCCUUCGUUUGUUGCAACCUCUGCUAAUAGAUCUGUUAGCCCUAUCAAUGCUAACAAUAGUCAGAAGUAACUCAGUUUUGCUACUAAAGAAAGAACUAAUUCAUUUAGCUCUAUCUAGCCCACCAGCAAUCCCAUGAAUUCUGUUUAAAGUUUACAAAGACAGAUUAUUACAACUCCUAAGCCUAUCUCUAUAUAAUCAAAUGAGGCACCUUUAGUAAAGAAUUCCCUUGAAUCUAAUAAAUUUUUUGGCUUGCUGUAGAAUCAAGAACAAAUAUAAAAAUAAAAAAUAAAUUGUUCUGUUCAAGUGAGAUUGCCUCCAACUCAUCAUAAUUAAAAUUAAAUUUCUACAAAUAGUGAAAAUACUUAGCCUUCACAAGAGAACUGCAGCAAAUUUAAUAUUUAAAAUUUCCAGAGCACACCAAAAAAUUAGACUGCUUUAUGUGAAUCUAAGCCAUAAACAAAAGUUUUACAAAACAGUUAAUCUGUAAAUGUGAUAGUCCCACUUUAGUCUACACAAUCACAUAACAUUACAAAAAUUAUAAAUACACCUACUUAGUCAAGUACUAAGAAUUAAUCUAUGCAUAUGAAAAAAGAAUCAUUGAUUUAAACUCCACAGUUAGGUGUAAAAGAUGCUUCCUUUUAAGAUUAAAUCAAGUAAUCUUAAUGUGAUUUACCUCCUAGUCUGAAUUCUUAGGGUUCUUUAAACCAAUCUAUCCCUUCCCUUACGCAUUAGGGCAAAGAUAAUAAAAUCUUAGUUAACAAAGCCCGCUCUAAUUCUCAUUUUGGAGGAAACUCACCAUCUAUUACAAUACCAACAUUCUCAGCUGAGCCAAAUUUAAUUAGUACUCCUUAAAAUGUGACUUUUACUUAGUAAUAAGGAACUAACUCUUUGAUUAAGAUUUAGUCUACCUCAAAUUUAAGCGAAGGAACUCCAUCUAAUUAGCAAUACCACAGCAACUAAUUUUUCUCAAGUGUUCAGGGUUCAAGCGAUAAACUAAGCUUUAAUCACACUUAACCUCUUCCACCUAAUCAUAUGAAAAACGUAGUUCAAUAAUAAAACUUGGAUAAAUAAGCUUUCAUGAUAUAGGACUUGCAGUAGAAGAUUUUAAUGUUGCUUAAUGAAAAUGAAAAAUAAAGUUAUGUAAUAAAAUAAAAACAAUCAUAGAUAGGGUAAAUCGAAAAUCAGCUUAAGAAUUUUAAGGAGUAGAAUGAUGACCUCAAGCAGUAGUGUGAUGCAUAAACUAUAGCUGUUCGGGAGCUUUCAUAAACUCUUAAGGCUUCUUAAAAUAAGGAAGUUGAAUCUUUGAAAUUGUGUGAAAAACUCUAGGAAAAUAUAAAAUAGUUGUCAAAAGAACAUGAAAAAAGUUUAUCAAUUAUCAAGCAUAUGGAACAAGAAAAAGAAGAGAGUAUUUCUUAGCAUCAAGCUGUAUUGCAGUAAAAAGAGUAGAGCUACAAAUAGCUACUUACAGAUAUGGAAGAUAAGAUUAGUAUGUUAGUUGAAGAAAAUAAUUAACUGAAUGAAAUAGUUUAAACAAAGCUCAUGAAAGAAUCAAGUAUUUCAUAAUAACCAUAUUCUGAGGAAUAAAUUUAAUAAAUUGCUGUCUUAAUUUAAGAAAACCAAAAAUUAUAAAUCAUAAUUGGAAAUUUGGAGUCUAAACUGAAAGAAUAAAAAACAUUAGUUGAUGAGAAGGAAGAAAACUUAAGUAAAUUGAAUGAAGAAUAUUAGAGUUUGUUGAGUGCUAAUGACUCAAUAAAGUAAGAAUUUAAUGCUUUUGAAGAAAAAAUAAAGGAUUUGCUUAAAGAAAAUGAAGCAUUGAUACAAAAAACUUAAAAUUUUGAAGAUGUUAUUUAGGAGGCUAAAAGGGUUUAAGAGCUAAAAAGUGAAAAUGAAAUUUUAUUAGAAAACCUGAAAUUAGUUACAAAGGAUAAGUAAAAAGUACAAUUCGAAAUGCAAUAGAAAGAAGAAGAGUUUUAACAGUAGCAGGCUUUAUUAUUGGAAAAAUGUGCUGAGUAGACCAAUUAAAUUGAGGAAAAAUAUUCAGAUGAAAGAGCUUAAUUUGAAUAGAAAUAGGAAGAAUUCAGCAAAGAAAAAGAAGAUUUACUUAACUAAUUCGAGAAAUUCAAGGAAGAAAAUACAAUUUUAGCAAAGUAAAUUUCAGAAAUCGAGGAAAAAAUUGAAAAUUUGAUUUCUGAAAAUUAAGAAUUGAGCAUCUAGAAUUAAGAUUAACGUUAUUUAAUUGAGACUUUAGAAAAGAAACAAGAAUCCUACACUGAUGAGUUAAAGAAGCAAUUUGAUAUUUCAUUAAGACAAAAAAUCGAAGAGAAUUUAAUGCAACUGACAAAUAGAUAUAAUGAAGAAAUAAAUAAAUUGCACAAUGAAAUUAUUAAGAGGAAUGAAUCUGUUGUUGAGGAAAAAGAAAAAAAUAGAUAAUUAGAAGAAUAAAUUCAAAGACUUAAGUUCGAGUUGAACAAAUUAAUUUAAGAAACUAAAGAGCUAAAAGAGUUUGCCAACAUCGAAGAAGAAUAAAAUUAUGAAUAGUAAAAGCAGUAUUAGCAAUAGCUAGAAUUUGAAAACAAUGAAGUCAAGAACUAGAUUGAAAUUCUAGAAUAAGAGAAACUUAAUUUGAAUUAAAAAAUAAAGGAAAUUCUCGAUGAGUAAAAAAAUAAAGAUUAAUUAAUAUAGGAAUACCAACAACAAAUCCUCAAUUCUGAUUUCUCUUAGGGGAAUAAUAACCAAUAAAUUUAGUAAUUGAUUCAAACUCAAAACGAAUUAAUAGAGCAGAGCCUUAAAAAAGAUGAUGAAAACAAGGAGUUAAUCGAGUUAAUUCAGAAUACUAAACACGAGCUAGACUUGGCUAUAUAACAAUAUUAGCAACUUCUGGAAGAAAAUGGCUCUCUAAAAGAUUAAAUCAAGGCAUUUAUGCAAGAAAAGCAAGAAAAAAAUACACCACAAGCGGGUUAGUAACAAUUAGAGCUAGAUCAAAUCAAGAAGGAAAGAGAUGAGCUACUGCAAAUUAAAUAAAAGCAAUAAAUUGAAUUAAGCAAAAAAAACAAAGAGCUUAUUGAAAGAAAAGAAGAACUUGACCACCUAUAGCUUAAACUAGAGUAAUCAUUUUCUCAACAUUAUGCAUGUAGUUGUAUUUAAUUACCAUAAGCCAACAACACUACUGUAUUAAAUAACCAACAAUAAUUAAAUGCUAGUUAGUCUUAGAAACUAAAUAGCUCAAACUAUUCAAGUUAUAAUUAAACCAAAAAUAAUAACAAGAACUGA